GGCCCCGCCCCGCCCCGCCCAGCGCCUGCGAUCCAGGCGCGCCUUCGCCGAGAGGGUGGACUGGGUGCUGCAGCCCGGGCGGCCUGGGCGACCCGGUAGGAUCCUUCCUUCGGGCCGUGGGGAGCGUUCCUCGUACUAACCUCCGUGUCGCCGCAGCCCGGGCCGGCGCUGACGAUGGAGCGUGAGUCGGGAUGCGCGGCGGCGGGAGAGACCGAGGCAGCGGCCGCCGCGGCGUUCGGAGACGCGACACGGCAGAUAAGUAACGAAAGAGGAUUUGAGAAUGUAGAACUGGGAGUCAUGGGGAAAAAGAAGAAAGUCCCGAGGAGGGUCAUCCACUUCGUCAGCGGAGAGACAAUGGAGGAGUAUAGCACCGACGAGGAUGAGGUGGACGGCCUGGACAAGAAGGACGUGCUGCCCACUGUUGACCCGACAAAACUCACCUGGGGCCCCUACUUAUGGUUUUACAUGCUGCGGGCCGCCACCUCAACCCUCUCAGUGUGUGACUUUCUUGGAGAGAAGAUUGCAUCAGUUUUGGGCAUCAGCACCCCAAAAUACCAGUACGCCAUUGAUGAGUAUUACCGGAUGAAGAAGGAGGAGGAGGAGGAGGAAGAAGAAAAUAGGAUGUCAGAAGAAGCAGAAAGACAAUACCAACAAAACAAGCUGCAGGCCGAUUCCAUUGUACAGACAGACCAACCAGAAACAGUGUCGUCCAGCUUUGUGAAUAUUAAUUUUGAAAUGGAGGAAGACUGUGAAGCAAUUAAGGAAAACAAACAGCAUCCAGUUUCUGUCCCACCAUAGGAUGAAAUGACUGUUAUAUAUAAAGUGUUAAACCC